AUGAAAGCCGAACGUAACGGCGUUACGCGUUUGCCUUCCGCUAUGUCCGCAACGACAACCCCCACCGUCUGGACUGAGCAUCGCAACCCAGAAGGUCGCACGUAUUGGUUCAACCCCGCAACGAACGAAAGUGUCUGGGAAAAGCCAGACGAUCUCAAGACUCCAUUCGAGCGCGCUCUGAACCAAACCAAAUGGAAGGAGUACUUCUCUGGGGGACGCAAAUACUACUAUAAUACGGAAACGAAAGAGUCAAAAUGGGAUAUGCCAGAAGAGCUCCUCCUCCUCCUGGAAAAGGUGGAAAAGGAUUCAGCGCCGGCUCCUCCGAAGCCACCUGCACCAGGAUUUACUCCAGUUGGAAGUGGUGCUUUGGUGGCAGUUGGAAGCGAGCCACCUGUGCAGACCAAUGGAAUAAAUAAUUUGGCUGUGGGUCUUCAUACUGGCGGUGUACCCUUUGCACCGACGCCUGCUCUUCCAUCUCGUCCAAACUUACCAGAUGAUCCAAUUGUCCCUCAUAACGGUUUCAACAAUUUUGAGGAAGGCGAAAAGGCAUUCAUCCAUCUUCUACGGAAAGCUGGCGUGGAUCCGACUUGGACCUGGGAAAAGACGAUGCGCGCCAUCAUCACUGACCCGUUAUAUCGUGCUCUAAAUUCCCUAGCGGAGAAAAAGGCUACUUUCCAAAAGUACACCACCGAGCUUGCGGCCAAGGAGCAGCAAGAAAAGGAGGCACGACUCUCGAAACUCCGACCUGCUCUACGAAAUAUGCUCAAGGGCAAUCCUAAUGUGUUUCACUACACGACAUUUGCCACGGCCGACAAGCUCUUUGCUCAACAUCCGAUCUGGCAACAGGCGCGUAUUGAAGCCGAGCGGCAGCUCAUUUUUGAAGACUAUGUCUCAGAGCUCAAACAACGUGAAGUGCAAGAAACCAGGGCAUCACGGACUCGCAGUGUCUCCAAAGUCGUUGCUCUCUUCAAAGAGCUCAAUGUCGAUGUUGUGACUCGAUGGCGGGAUGCUCAAGACCGAUUACUGAAGUCAAGUGCGUGGCGGGACGAUGCAGAGCUGCAAAAACUCCCGACACUCGAUAUUCUUCUUGCUUUUGAAGACUACAGUCGGGUCAGAGAAAGAGAAUAUGAGGAACAGACGCGUCGCACACAGGUGGAAAAGACCAGGAAAGAACGUAAAACACGGGAGGCAUUCAAGGCAAUUCUGGACGAAUUAGUCAGUUCUGGGCAAAUCAAAGCGCGGACCAAGUGGAAAGACGUCUAUCCGCUCUUCAAAUCUGACGAACGCUAUCUCAAUAUGUUGGGUAACCCUGGGUCCAACCCUUUGGAAUUGUUUUGGGACGCGGUGGACAAGUUUGAUCAAGCUCUUGAAGAGAAGACCGCAGUUGUAGAAGAAGCAAUAAAGAGAUACAACAUGGCGCUAACCAAAACGAGGGAGGGAGAGGAUACCAAAAUGGGAGAUGUUGAGCAAGCAGACGAGUCUACCCAUGGAUUUGCUGUCGAACCAGAGACGAAAAAAGAGGAGUUUUUGUCUGUGGUGAAAGCAGGAAGCCAAGGUGAUUCAGCCUUGGAGGCACUCAGCCCUGAAGAUCUCCACUUUGUUUUCACAUCGAUGCAAGAAGUCAUUGCGAAGAAACGCGCCGAUGAAAAGAGACGCGCGGAGCGACGGAUGAGACAUCUUCAAGAUGACCUUCGUUACGCCCUCAAGAAACUUUCCAUACCAUCCGAAACUGUCGAAUACGAGGCAGCGGUGCCUUUAAUGCAAGACCUUCCCGAAUUUAAAGCGCUUGAAGACGAAGAGUCUCGCAAAGCUGCCUGGAACAAGUAUAUCAAGCGACAGAAGGAGCGGCAACGAGAGGUUGCUGAAGAGGAUGAUGCUGCGAGCGCAGGGAGUCGUCGUCGAAAAGAGCCUGCACGUGACCACGAUCGAGACAGAGGCAAAGAUUACGACCGCGCAAGUCGAAGCUACCACCGCCGUGACGAUUAUGACCACCGUUCCUCUCGAGACUAUCGUCAAGAACGUGACCGCGACGAUCGUGACAGGGACCGGAGGAGGGACAGACGGCGAGAGACAUCAGUGAAGGACUGGGAUGAUUCACGCAGAGAUUCGCGUCGUAGAAGCCGAAGUCCCCGAGGUGAUGACCGUGCGGAAAAGCGAGCGAGAUACGAUGAUUCCAUGCAAGUGGACGAAAAGAAUCCAUCCGCGAGUAAGAAUGGGAAUGGGCGGGAGGAAAGUCCUGAAGAGGGAGAGAUUUGA